AUGUCGUCCGAGCUUGCCGACGUUGGUCUCAUCGGCCUUGCCGUUAUGAACCUCAUUCUCAACAUGAACGACCACAACAUUAAGGUCUGCGCGUACAACCGCACCACCUCCAAGGUCGACCACUUCCUUGAGAACGAGGCCAAGGGCACCAACAUCAUUGGCGCCCACUCGAUUGAGGAGCUCUGCUCCAAGCUCAAGAGCCCCCGCCGUGUCAUCCUUCUUGUCAAGGCCGGCCAGGCCGUCGACGACUUCAUUGCUCAGCUCCUCCCCCACAUGGACAAGGGCGACAUCAUCAUUGACGGUGGUAACUCGCACUACCCCGACUCGACCCGCCGCUGCCUCGAGCUCGAGUCCAAGGGCUUCCUUUUCGUCGGCUCGGGUGUCUCGGGUGGUGAGGAGGGUGCCCGUUACGGCCCCUCGCUCAUGCCCGGUGGCUCGACCGCCGCUUGGCCCCACAUCAAGGACAUCUUCCAGAAGACCGCUGCCCAGGUCAAGGGCGAGCCCUGCUGUGACUGGGUUGGUGGCACCGGCUCGGGCCACUACGUCAAGAUGGUCCACAACGGUAUCGAGUACGGAGACAUGCAGCUCAUCUCGGAGGCCUACGACAUCCUGAGGCGCGGCCUGAACCUCUCGGACGACGAGAUCGCCGACAUCUUCGCCAAGUGGAACACUGGUGUCCUCGACUCGUUCCUCAUUGAGAUCACCCGUGACAUCCUCCGCUUCAAGGACACCGACGGCGAGCCCAUCGUCGCCAAGAUCCUCGAUGCCGCUGGCCAGAAGGGAACCGGCAAGUGGACUGCCAUUGACGCUCUCGACUACGGCAUGCCCGUCACCCUCAUCGGCGAGGCCGUCUUUGCCCGCUGCCUCUCGUCGCUCAAGGCUGAGCGUGUCCGCGCCUCGGAGCAGAUCCCCGGCCCCACCGUCGAGGCCUUCAAGGGCGACAAGCAGCAGUUCAUCGACGACCUUGAGCAGGCCCUUUACGCCUCCAAGAUCAUCUCGUACGCCCAGGGCUUCAUGCUCAUGCGCGAGGCUGCCACCGUCAACGGCUGGGACCUUAACAACGCCGGUAUCGCUGCCAUGUGGCGCGGUGGCUGCAUUAUCAAGUCGGUCUUCCUCGGUGACAUCACCGACGCCUAUCGCCAGAACAAGGACCUCGAGUCGCUCCUGUUCGCCCCCUUCUUCCAGCAGGCCCUCGCCAAGGCCCAGCCCGGCUGGCGCCGCGUCAACGCCCAGGCUACCCUCUGGGGUAUCCCCAUCCCCGCCCACGGCACCGCCCUCUCGUUCUUCGACGGCUACCGCACCGCCGUCGUCCCGGCCAACCUCAUCCAGGCCCAGCGUGACUACUUCGGUGCCCACACCUUCAAGGUCAUGCCCGGUAAGGAGAACGACCACAUGAAGACCGGCCAGGACAUCCACGUCAAGUGGACCGCCACCUCGGGCAACGUCUCGUCGUCCACCUACAACGCUUAA